AUGGGCGACCAUGAUCUGCAGCCACCGCAGCAGCGGAGGCGGCGCUCGCGGGCGUCCAGCGAGUACCUGGGCGUGCGGCGGCGGCCGUGGGGCCGGUACGCGGCGGAGAUCCGGAACCCUGUCACCAAGGAGCGCCACUGGCUGGGGACCUUCGACACCGCCGAGGAGGCCGCCGUCGCCUACGACAUCUCCGCCAUCUCCAUCUCCGGCGGCGCCGCCGCGCGCACCAACUUCUACUACCCGUGUGGCGCCGGCCUCGAACUCGGUGCGGCGGGCGCGGCCACCACAUUGCAGCAGCAGCAGCCAUCGCCGUAUGGCCAAGUCCCGAUCGCGCCGCCGCCGUCGCCGCUGUCCGAUGGGAGCGGCAGCGGCAGCACCGUUGAGGAUUAUGAGUGCCAGCUCUCGGCGGGGGAGGCCGACGACGCCGACGACGACGAGUCCUUGACGAUCGCCGCCAUUCUGCAGAGCUUCCGGCAUCAGAACGCUCCGUCCGCUCCCUCUGCUUCUCUGUACUUGCUGUGA